AUGAGUGAGCAACCAGGGUUUCGCGAAGGAUUCAGCACUAUUGACCACCGUCAUACUGUUUCGAAGCUCAUCAAGGUUCUUCGAGAGUUGUACAGUGAGUUCGCGAUAGGAAAUUCUUCAUUCUACAAGAAUAUCGUCAUCGACAUGAGUAGAGCGGUCCAACGGAGUGAUACAACCUUACCUAAAAUAACCACUCUAGAUAUUGCAGUGCAAAAGCGGGAAUGGGACGAUACGGGGGUCAUUGAGUUAUCAGUAGACAUUGCUGCACUCAAGUUUCAAAAGAUGAUUCUCGUGACGUGUAUUUUGAGUGCAAUUCUGAUGAGCGACGUCAAAGCGGUUAAUGUCGAUAACCUGUCCAUCAUUCCAAACCUGUCUUGCACAACGAUCUUUUGCAAAUCCGGCUACAAAUGUGUUAUGCUGGUGCCUGAUGAUUGCGUUGGCUGUCAACCUUUUCCUCGAUGUGUUCAACAAGAAUGCAAUACAUCAUGUGUAUUGCCGUGCCCCUUCUUUUCCACAUGUGUGCUUGUUUCUUCACCAACUACUUGCUGCCCAAAGGCUACUUGUCGUAGAAGACAAAUCUUCACUAUUUCUCCACCAAUUCCAUUCACAAUCGAACCUCCCAAGGUGACGGCAAUUGUGAAGCCGGGAGGUCCAGUAAAGCAGAUUCCAUGA